UGCCGCGGUUCUCUUCCAGCCACCCCGUCUUUCCCUAUCUUCGAACCCUGCCUUCUUUGUCCGGGGCGGGGCAGGUGGGGGUGAUAUUUAAACAACACCAGCAACAAUAAGAACAAAAACCAGAACUCUGUUAUUCCUGGUCCCCGAGUUGAUUCCGACUUGAGCGCCGAAGGGGUCCUGCCACUGGGGCGUCCCCGUCACUACCCACGCCGGGGCCUCUGCCCCUCGGGGAUCCUCCUCCCUCUUUCCGGGGUGACUGGUUGGCGCGAAGCGAUUGGCGAUCCCGGGCGCGAUCCCGAGCGCGGAUCCACGCGCCGCGUGGGGUGAAUGGCCGCGGGAGGAGGAUCGCGAGGCGCAGGGCGCAGACCAAUCGCGGCCGCCGGUGGGAGUAUUUGUUAUUCACAUGGAAGAGACUCGCGGGUGGCUCGGCCAGCUCAACCCCCUCAGCCCGGAGAUCAGCCACAAGUGCGGCCGCGGUGCUCGCCUGGCGCGGUGGCGAAGGCGGCGGCGGCGGCGCUGACUUGGAGAUGCGGGCCCCCAGCGGGCUUCCUCACCUCGCCCUCUGCGGGGAGCAGGGAGUAAUUCUGCUACAGGGCUGAAUUCAAGGACAUGAAUUGUUGACCUCAUCCCAACAUCACAACCUCAGAUGUUAUUCUAAUUUAUUUGCAAGCUGGCUUUAUGUGGAAAUAAACUUGAACCGAAGGUCUGUUGGAAAUUCACUGUGACGUUCAAAUCAAGAAAACUUGCUGAAACCCCCGGAGCCUUCCCCCAUGGGCCCUGAUGGUAGACUCCAACAGGUGCAGCUUCAGGUGGUCCCCCUUCUUCUGUGGCAAGAAUAAACUUCAGGUCACUGAUUGCAAUACCACCUGUGGAGAAAAUGGUAUGCGAGGGAAAGCGCUCAGCCUCUUGCCCUUGUUUCUUCCUCUUGACUGCCAAGUUCUACUGGAUCCUCACAAUGAUGCAAAGAACUCACAGCCAGGAGUAUGCCCAUUCCAUCCGGGUGGAUGGGGACAUCAUUUUGGGGGGUCUUUUUCCUGUUCAUGCAAAAGGAGAGAGAGGGGUACCUUGUGGGGAGCUGAAGAAGGAGAAGGGGAUCCACAGACUAGAGGCCAUGCUUUAUGCAAUCGACCAGAUUAACAAGGACCCCGAUCUCCUCUCCAAUAUCACUCUGGGUGUCCGGAUCCUUGACACCUGCUCCAGGGACACCUAUGCUUUGGAGCAGUCACUAACCUUCGUGCAGGCAUUGAUAGAGAAAGAUGCGUCUGACGUGAAGUGUGCUAAUGGAGAUCCACCCAUAUUUACUAAGCCCGACAAGAUUUCUGGUGUCAUAGGUGCUGCAGCAAGCUCCGUGUCCAUCAUGGUGGCUAACAUUUUAAGACUUUUUAAGAUACCUCAAAUUAGCUAUGCAUCCACAGCCCCAGAGCUGAGUGACAACACCAGGUAUGACUUCUUUUCUCGGGUGGUCCCGCCUGACUCCUACCAAGCCCAAGCCAUGGUGGACAUUGUGACGGCCCUGGGAUGGAAUUAUGUGUCAACAUUGGCUUCCGAGGGAAACUAUGGAGAGAGUGGUGUUGAGGCCUUCACCCAGAUCUCAAGGGAGAUUGGUGGUGUUUGCAUUGCUCAAUCACAGAAAAUCCCACGUGAACCAAGACCUGGAGAAUUUGAAAAAAUUAUCAAACGCCUGCUGGAAACACCUAAUGCUCGAGCAGUGAUUAUGUUUGCCAACGAGGAUGACAUCAGGAGGAUACUGGAAGCAGCAAAAAAAUUAAACCAAAGCGGGCAUUUUCUAUGGAUUGGCUCAGACAGUUGGGGAUCCAAAAUAGCACCUGUCUACCAGCAGGAGGCGAUCGCAGAAGGGGCCGUGACAAUUUUGCCCAAAAGGGCAUCAAUUGAUGGGUUUGAUCGAUACUUUAGAAGCCGAACUCUUGCCAAUAAUCGAAGAAAUGUGUGGUUUGCAGAAUUCUGGGAGGAGAAUUUUGGAUGCAAAUUGGGAUCACAUGGGAAGAGAAACAGUCACAUAAAGAAAUGCACAGGACUGGAGCGAAUUGCACGGGAUUCGUCUUAUGAACAAGAGGGAAAGGUUCAGUUUGUAAUUGAUGCAGUGUAUUCCAUGGCUUAUGCACUGCACAACAUGCACAAAGAACUCUGCCCAGGAUACAUAGGCCUUUGCCCAAGAAUGGGUAUCAUCGAUGGGAAAGAGCUCCUGGGUUACAUCAGGGCUGUGAAUUUUAAUGGCAGCGCUGGUACACCUGUCACUUUUAAUGAAAAUGGAGAUGCUCCUGGACGCUAUGAUAUCUUCCAGUAUCAGAUAAACAACAAAAGUACAGAAUACAAAAUCAUCGGGCACUGGACCAAUCAACUUCAUCUAAAAGUGGAAGACAUGCGGUGGGCUAAUAGAGAACACACACACCCAGCAUCUGUCUGCAGCCUGCCGUGCAAGCCCGGGGAGAGGAAGAAAACCGUGAAAGGGGUCCCUUGCUGCUGGCACUGUGAACGCUGUGAGGGUUAUAACUACCAGGUGGAUGAACUCUCUUGUGAACUCUGCCCUUUGGAUCAGAGACCAAACGUCAACCGCACAGGCUGCCAGAGGAUCCCCAUCAUCAAAUUGGAGUGGCAUUCUCCCUGGGCUGUGGUACCCGUGUUCAUAGCAAUAUUGGGAAUCAUUGCCACCACCUUUGUGAUUGUGACAUUUGUCCGCUAUAAUGAUACACCUAUCGUGAGAGCUUCUGGGCGGGAACUUAGUUAUGUGCUCCUCACGGGGAUUUUUCUCUGCUAUUCAAUCACUUUUUUGAUGAUUGCGGCACCUGACACAAUCAUAUGCUCCUUCAGACGGAUUUUCCUAGGACUUGGUAUGUGUUUCAGCUAUGCAGCACUUUUGACCAAAACAAACCGUAUCCACCGAAUAUUUGAGCAGGGGAAGAAAUCUGUCACAGCACCUAAGUUUAUCAGUCCAGCCUCCCAGCUGGUGAUUACCUUCAGCCUCAUCUCUGUCCAGCUCCUUGGAGUGUUUGUGUGGUUUGUUGUGGAUCCCCCACACACCAUCAUUGACUAUGGAGAACAGCGGACACUAGAUCCGGAGAAUGCCAGGGGAGUGCUCAAGUGUGACAUUUCUGAUCUGUCACUCAUUUGUUCACUGGGAUACAGUAUCCUCCUGAUGGUCACUUGUACUGUUUAUGCCAUUAAAACCAGAGGGGUCCCAGAGACAUUCAAUGAAGCCAAACCUAUUGGAUUUACCAUGUACACCACUUGCAUCAUUUGGUUAGCUUUCAUCCCCAUCUUUUUUGGUACAGCCCAGUCAGCAGAGAAGAUGUACAUCCAGACAACAACACUUACUGUCUCCAUGAGUUUAAGUGCUUCGGUGUCUCUUGGAAUGCUCUAUAUGCCCAAAGUUUAUAUUAUAAUUUUUCAUCCAGAGCAGAAUGUUCAAAAACGCAAGAGAAGCUUCAAGGCUGUGGUGACAGCUGCUACGAUGCAAAGCAAACUGAUACAGAAAGGGAAUGACAGACCAAAUGGCGAGGUGAAAAGCGAACUCUGUGAGAGUCUUGAAACCAACAGUAAGUCGUCUGUAGACUUUCAGAUGGUCAAGAGCGGGAGCACUUCCUGAUAGAUCUUCCUCUACUAAGACAACAUAUAUCAGCUACAGCAAUCAUUCAAUCUGAACAGGAAGAUGACACUAUCUGAAGAAAGGUGGUGUGUGUUCUUAAAUAUUGAACAUGAGACUGCAAAAAAAAAAUCGCUCCUGGAGAUCUCCAUAGACUACAAUCAAUCAGAUCAAUAGUCUUGUAAGGAACAAAAUUAACCAUGAGCCAAAAGUAUCAAUAUUGAGGAGCAAAGGAACCAAUUUUAUACAAUACAAUCAUUGAGUGUCAAGCUAAAGUAUUGCUUACUUGUGAGCAUUAAAAAAAUUUCAAAAGGAAAAAUAAUGUUAGCUUGUGAAAAAAAAAAUGCUGUUGAAAUAAACCAUGUCUGAUGUUCUUCUUGUAAGUAUUUCUCUGUGAUUGUGAGAACUCCUGUUCCUGUCCCACACUGUUCAACUUGUAUAAGACUCUGAGUCUGUUUCUUGUAAUGGCUGACUGGAUUGAAGCCCUGGGUUGUGCUACAAAAUAAAUGCAAUGAUUGACGCAUGCAAUUUUUAUACAAAUAAUUUAUUUCUAAUAAUAAAGGAAUGUUUUGCAAAUGUUGAGCGUUGUUUCGUUGCAGUUUUAAAACUAGGGUAAUGUCCUCUUUCCAGUGGCACUUGUGUUGUUUUUAGGUCUUUGCCUUGCCCCAUGUUGAUACUACCUCCUUCUGGAACAUGGUUUGGAUUAUUUGUGUUUAUGAGGAGAAUUUUAUUGCUCUAUGAAAAGGUAUCACUUGUAUAAGAUUUUUUAAAUACUUUUGAUUCCUGUAAUGGGUUUUCAUAAUGAGUAUCCUAUGAAGAAUCAAAUUGUAGCUUGAUAUAAAUUUCACUAAGUUGUAAUAAUUGACAGAUAGUGAGUUAAACUUUCCUUUGGAGACUAUAUCAUAAAAAUUGUUAUAGAAAAAAUAUAUCACCAUAUGACCAAAUUGCUUCAUAAUACCUCUAAUUAAAAACCUUUGCAUACUGAAAUAUUCCCUGCUACGUGAUGUUAACUUUCUCUCACCUGAGCCUAACAGACACCAAAAUCAGUGGAGUAAUGGGCUUUACCCAGGUCAUUAUUCAAAACUCUGCAUUAGCAUAUUUAUUUCCUUGGUAUCAUUAAAGAAACCACAGUUCAGAUAACAUGUCAAUGAAUUCUUAUUUUCCAAAUGAAAACAUUCAUUGCUUCAUAAAACAGUAUCAUUAAAGAGAGAGAAAACAGGAAGCCUGUCUGGUGCUAAUAAACCAUGCCAGGGCAGAUAAGCAGAAUCUGUUAACGACUUUAAAAUCUGUGACCAUUUUUGUCCUGGGUUUCCCUAUUACACACAAUCCCAGACAUCCAUCAAAUCAAUGGGUCCCUACAAUCAUUUUGUUAGUAAAUGUUCUCUAUGUUGAGUUAGCUUAGACGGCUCAUUGCUUUCCUUAUAAAUAUACAGAGAUAUCUCUGUAGCUUCAACCUAGACAUUAACAGCCACUUUAUUUAAUUCAUAGGGUUCAUGUAGUAUCAUGCAGGCUCUUUUCAUACAUAGAAUCAUUUUCUAGAUUCCCAAGAAGACAGAUGACAAUGGACAGAAGGGAAUGCAUAUCGAUUGGCUUUAUAUUGAGCUUCUCAAAAAUAAUAUUUGUUCUUUGAGGGUAACAUUUUAAUCAAAGAAUAAAAGUAUCUGAACAAUGGAAAAUACAAUUUUAUAA